AUGAAACAUAGUAGUAAAAAGGUUAAAAGACUAAAUAGUGAGCCUACUAACGCGAAAGGACUGUCGAACGUCACUCCCGAUCAAAUCGCACACCAAUUACUACUAAAUGGUAAACCCCAAAAACUCAAACAAGUAGCUAAACCUAAUAAAAGAAUAAUACGAAACAAAGAAAAGGAAGGAAAUCACUUCAGCCAGCCUUUCGAGGAGGAUGAAUUGAACAUAGCUAUAGAGACAAUGAAACUUAGGAAAGCAGCUGGACUAGAUAAUAUUUUUCUCGAACAGAUCCGCAACUUUGGGCCGAAAGCCAAACGCUGGAUACUCGCUUUAUAUAACGAAAUAAGAAACCAGAAAAACAUACCGAAAAUAUGGAGGAAAACAAAAAUUAUAGCCAUAUUAAAACCAGGGAAAGAUACGGAUGACCCAAAGAACUAUCGUCCAAUAUCCCUAAUGUGCCACACGUACAAACUUUUCGAGAGAAUUCUGCUUAAUCGCCUAGUCCCCUUCGUGGACAGCACACUAAUAAAAGAACAAGCUGGUUUCCGCCCAGGAAAAUCAUGUACAGGACAGAUACUCAACCUGACCCAAACAAUUGAGAACGGUUUCGAGAACAAGAAAGUCACAGGCGUGGUGUUCAUAGAUCUAACGGCAGCAUACGACACGGUGAACCACAGACUAAUGUUAAAGAAACUAUAUGAUAUUACCCUGGAUUACGAGUUUGUAAAAGUUUCGAAGCCCUUUUAG